AUGAAUGCCCAGCCGCCGCAGCAGCGCCGCCGUGGCGCCCGGAGGCUGGCGCGGCAGACCGCGGGCGUGGCGGUGGUGGUCGCUGGCUGCGCGACGGGCCUCGUGGCCAUGAGUCGCCGCGUGCUGGCGGAGCCUGCGGGGGACGCCCGCGCUCUGGCCGAGGCCUCGUCCGACUCGGACUCGUGCGGCGAUCUCGAGAGCUGGGAGACCAACGGCGGCAUCGUGCUGUACAUCAUAGCGCUGGGCUAUAUCUUCGUGUCGCUCGCCAUCAUCUGCGACGACUACUUCGUGUCCGCGUUGGAGAAAAUCUCGGGCGCGCUGGCACUGUCGCCCGACGUGGCUGGGGCCACGUUCAUGGCUGCAGGCUCCUCCGCGCCCGAGCUCUUCGUGUCUCUGGCCGACAACGUGUUCAAAAAGCCGGCGGAGAGCUUGGGCGUCGGCACCAUCGUGGGCUCGGCCAUCUUCAACAUCCUCAUCAUCAUCUCGCUGUCCGGGCUGCUGGCAGGCCAAGUGCUCGAGCUCGACUGGCGCCCGAUGCUGCGCGACUCGCUCUGGUACACGUGGUCCAUUGCCGUGCUAGCCUUCGCCGUGUGGGACGGCACCAUCGACGUGCUGGACUCGGUGAUCAUGGUCUGCUCGUACGCGAGCUACAUCGGCUACAUGGCGUUCAACGAGCGGGUGGUCAACUUGUGCUGCAAGCGACCGGAGAUCGACACGCAAGAGAGCGAGGAGGCAAAACUUACAACGGCGACGGAAUCGACGGCGGAUACCGCGUCGACAGCGGAGGUGGUGGUGAGUACCGGGGACGUGCAAAAGUCCCUGGAAGAGGAGGGACGUUCGCACAGCCAACGUGGAUUCCUCGGCGAGCAGGACAAACUGAACCCGAUCCUGCGCUCCAAGUACCGCAUGUUCCAGUCACACCAGUUGCUGCAGCACACAAACUCAACGGACGAACAUGUCGACGUGGAGGCGCCUACUUCAGCUGACAAGGUUAAUGCCAAGAUAAGCGCACAGGAACCAUCGAGCGACGUGACUGCAGCAGGAGACGGCGAGGAGCAGCUGCCAAAGUACUUCGACGAUGUAUUAGUUCCACCGGAAGGUGUUCUGGCCAAAAUGUGGUUCGUGUUCACGUGGCCCAUCGUGGCCUUGGCUCGUAUCACGAUCCCAGACUGCCGUUACCCUGCCUUCUCCGGACCCGUGGGCUACUCCGCGACGUUUGUGAUCUCCAUCGCCUGGAUCGGCGUGCUCUCGCACUACACCGUCGCUUUUGGAACCAAGUUCGGGUGCAUUACCGGAAUUCCGUCGGCGCUCAUGGGACUCACUAUCAUUGCUGCUGGCACGUCCAUCCCGGACGCGCUGAGUUCCAUCCUCGUGGCGCGCGAUGGCCACGGUGAUAUGGCUGUGUCCAAUGCUCUCGGCAGCAACGUGUUCGAUAUCCUGUUCGGCCUGGGGCUUCCCUUCCUCCUGUCAAACCUGGUGUACAGCGAGACCGUCCCCGUAUCAGGAGACGACCUUGACGUCUCAAUCGCCAUCUUGUUUGCCGUUCUACUUUUCGUGGUGGCAGUGCUGGUUUCCUCGCGCUGGAGGCUGUACCCAUUAGCUUGCGCGUUCCUGUUGAUGCUUUACGCGGCGUAUGUCGUAUUUUCGUACCUGCGCGGUCUAGACAUCAUUUAA